CUACUGGGGGUCUGCACAGGUUUGCAUCAUCAUGCCUGCUGAGGCUGAAACAUGCAUGUGUGAAUGAGGCCGUCUCCUGCAACCAUUCCUCCCCGUCUUCGCUGCUGCCAUCCUCUGCCUUACAUCCCCCUGUGGAUGACUCCUCGUCGUUCCCAGGGCUGUCACUGCAGCUUCAGCAUCCAUCCUCCCUCCAUUUUAGCAGCAUCUUCUCAGCAUUCAUCUUUCACAAGCAUCCGGGCUACACCAGGCUUGUUCAUACAGCAUUUAAUUUAACUAUCAGAAUUUGCAAAUAAAAAAGACAGUAAGCAAGCUGCAAUAUCUUUUAAUGACUCUACCCUGCUGGAACCACCUCCUCCAUUCGGCUUGCCUGGGCUCGUCAUUGAAGACAGUCGACUUCCCAUCAUCUUCAUCAUCAUCUUAUCUACAAAGCUGCCAAGCUGUCUCUUCUUCCUAGGAAGGUGUAUUUUGGCUGGACAGCUGGUUUACCACUGUCCCUCUGGAAGAUGCUCCUGUGGAUGAAGACUGAGGAAAUGGCUAUUGGGGAGCUGCUGGAGAGACUAAGGAGCGUCACCCAAACCAUAGAUGAGAUCAUGCAGCUGGACACCAACCCCCCUCGGGCUGCUGACAUCACGCCGGAUCUCAGAAAGCAGUUUGCCUUCCUUACAGGGGGUAGAGGAGAUAAUGGAAGUCCCAUCAUCGUCUUUCCAGAGUUUCCAGCAUUUGGGGAGAUCACGGACAGAGAGUUCCACAACGUCCUGACCUAUCUAACAAGUGUUCCCAGCUUUUCUUCAACAGACGUGGGUUUUAUCUUGGUCAUCGAUCGUAGGCAGGACCGAUGGGCGGCUGUCAAGGGGACACUACUUCGUAUUGCAGGGUCCUUCCCAGGGAACCUCCAGCUGGUUCUGGUUCUAAGACCCACCACCUUGCUGCAGAGAACUCUAUCAGACAUCCUUUUUAAGUUCAACAAGGAUGAGUUCAAGAUGAAGGUGCCGGUGAUCAUGCUGAGUUCAGUGAGCGAGCUGCACUCCUAUGUUGACCGAACGCAGCUGACACAGGAACUUGGAGGAACCCAGGAGUACUGCCAUGAGAAGUGGAUCUCCCAUCGGACUGAUAUCGAAGGAUUUGCAUUGAUAGUUAAAAGAACAGCGCAGACUCUGCAGUCAUUUGGGACGGAGCUGGCAGAAACAGAGCUACCGAAUGAAAUCAAGACGACAACCCUCCUGCUUAGCACACACACCAGCAAGAGAGACAAAAUGAAGGGGGACAUAUUGGUUUCUCUGGAUCAAGGUAGCAGGCUGCUGGAGAACAUCAAUGAACCUGUAAUGCGAGACCCUGACCACAACAUGAACCAGGAUGAACUGGAAAAUCUGGCCACAGUGCAAAGACUGCUGUCUCAGCUGGAUGAGACAGAGAGGGCUUUUGACGAGUUUUGGGUGAGGCAUCAAACCAAAUUGGAGCAGUGUUUGCAGCUGCGACACUUUGAGCAGAACUACAGAGAGGUAAUAGCCCUGCUCGGAAACCUGUCUGAGAAGCUUGUGACCUUCUCUGAAGUUGGGAUCAGCCCCGCCCAUGCUGACCAUAUCUACUGUGAGCUCACCUCCUUUGAAGAGAGCGUCUGUGAGGCUCUGGAACAAGCCUCAGCGCUGUCUCAUGAGGGCGAUGAGCUUAUCCAGAACUCCCACUAUGCCGAGGACUCCAUUCAGCCUAAGUGCAGUGAGCUCAGAGCAGUCAGCGAGACUCUGAGCUCCAACCUCAGGGCCAAGAAGGACUACCUUCUGAAAGCCAUGGAGCUGCACCAUCUGUUGGAGAGGGCAUCAAAAUGGGUGGACGAUGGCAUUUAUCUGCUGGCAUCUCAGCCAGUGGACAAGUGUCAGUCCCAUGAGGGGGCUGAGCUGGCUUUGAAGGAGCUGGAGCGUUACCUGGACAACGCAGGCCAGAACCAACUGACUGACCUCAGUGCCAUCUGGAAGGAGUAUGAGGCAGUGCUGAACCAGCACUUCAGGGAGCAAGUGGAGAAGGUUUACCAAAAACAGGCGUCCAUGCAGGAGAUGUUCGAUAAGCGGAGGAUCAGCUUAAAGAAGCUAGCAGCCAAACAAACCAGGCCAGUGCAGCCAGUAGCACCGAGACCAGAAGCCUUCAUCAAAUCACCACUCAGCUCGCCUGCACACAAAGCAAAGCUUGAAAAAAAUUCAGAGUCCAUCAGUUUUGAAAAAACUAACGGGAACCUGCCGAGCGAAGAAGGCAGCAGCCGACAUACGUCUCAGUUAGAGGAGGAGGAGAACCUGGCAGUGCUCAGGCGACAUGUAAUGAAUGAGCUGCUGGAAACAGAGAGGGCCUAUGUGGAGGAGUUACUCUGUGUGCUGCAGGGAUAUGCCUCUGAGAUGGAUAAUCCAGCUAUGUCCCAUCUCAUCCCUUCAGCUUUGCAGAACAAAAAAGAAGUUCUGUUUGGUAACAUGACAGAAAUUUAUCACUUUCAUAAAAGAACCUUUCUGCGGGAGUUAGAGCUUUACACAGACUGCCCAGAGUUAGUUGGAAGAUGCUUUCUGGAGAGGAUGACGGACCUGCAGAUCUACGAGAAAUACUGUCACAAUAAACCUCGGUCUGAGAGUCUUUGGAGGCAAUGCUCUGACUGUGCCUUCUUCCAGGAAUGUCAGAAAAAGCUGGAACAUAAGCUGGGUUUAGAUUCAUACCUGCUGAAGCCUGUGCAGAGAAUUACCAAAUAUCAGCUGCUGCUGAAAGAAAUGCUGAAGUACAGUAAAGGCUGCGAUGGAGCGGAUGACCUACAGGUGGCAUUGACCUCAAUCUUGGGCAUCCUAAAGGCUGUCAACGACUCAAUGCACCUGAUCGCCAUCACAGGAUAUGAGGGUAAUCUGAGUGAGCUGGGUAAGCUCCUCAUGCAGGGGUCAUUCAGCGUUUGGACUGAGCACAAGAAAGGUCACGCCAAAGUUAAAGACUUGGCUCGUUUCAAACCCAUGCAGAGGCACCUGUUUCUCCACGAGAAGGCUCUCCUCUUCUGUAAGAGAAGGGAGGAGAACGGGGAAGGCUACGAAAAAGCUCCUUCAUACAGCUUCAAACAGUCACUGAGUAUGAAUGCUGUGGGGUUUACUGAGAAUGCAAAGGGAGACAACAAGAAGUUUGAAAUCUGGUCCAGCUCCAGAGAAGAGGUUUAUAUUGUUCAGGCACCAUCUGCUGAAGUGAAAACCACCUGGGUUAAUGAGAUCAGGAAGGUUCUGACAACCCAGCUGGAGGCCUGCAGAGAAGCCAGCCAGCAGAGGGCGCCAGACCAAGUGUUUCAGUUUCCCCCAGUGCCAUCUGGAACAGUGAGUCUCAGCCCGUUUAAGACCAGUCAGAAGGUUAAAAAGGGAGAGGAGAAGAAGGCUGAGCCUUGUAGCCCUGAUCUCAUCUCUUGUUCUCCAAAGCUAACAGUGAAAGAUGAGGCAGUGACGAGCCCAACCUCAGACAGAGCGGGUGUGGCUAAAAAGCGUUUUACUUUACAGGGAUUCAGUAACCUCAAAACUCAGAAAGAGCCCUCAACCGCUGAUGACAAAUGUUACACAUUUCCCAUGAUAAUCUGCCCAUCUUCAGGAUCUCCCACCAGCCCAGAUCACAGCACCAAACGGCAGAGUGAUCCCACACCGUUUGGCUUCAGAGGUCCUCCUCCCCUCCACCUGACCAGGGCCAGGUGGUUCAGCACCUCUAGUCUCUUACAGACAAAGUGGAGAGGAUGGAAUAAGACCUCCUUGUCACUGGACGAACAAGACGGCUACUCCAGCGCCGAGGAUCCUCUGAACUCUGAUCCAGAGGAUGAAAACAUCAAGAAGCUGAGUGCUGGGAAAUACACUGCAAUGGCUGACAGCGAGAUGGGAGCUGCAGGAGAGAUUUUGGUGAAGAGUGGAGACAUGGUGAAGCUAGUAAAGGAGGGGGACAAUGAUCAGUGGUUUGUCCGCAACCUGAACACAUCUAAGGAAGGCUGGAUGGCUGCGGCUAAUCUUAUCAAUCUCAUUGGGAAGUCCAAGUCUUGUCAGUCCCUCCGCAGCUCAGAAGGCAGCGGCUCUGGAAACCUCAGCACAUCGUCCAGCUGCAGUGAGACAUACGCAAACCUAUCAGAGCCCAAACCCUGAGCUCCUCUGCACUUCUGUCAAGGAACCGCUGUCCUGAAUGCCAGCAUCAUGUGGCUGCAUCCUCUGUGCUGUAAUACCAACAUCACUAGUCCUGCAUUUUGCACAAAAGCUGUAUGUUUGUCAUUGUUUCUGUCACAUGCAUACGUACACCAUGCAGCUUCAUAAGGAUGUAACAUAAUCCUGUAAGCGUGUUACCGGUGUGGUAAAUACUCCUCAGUGUAGUAAAGUGAUCUGGUUACAGUUAUUUUUAUUAUUUACAUCUUAGAUGUAUGAGUGGACCAGCAGGACUGAGAUCUGUUGAUGCAUCUAUUUAUGUUCAGAACUCAAACAGGGGAAAGUUAGAUUUCCUUCUUUCUGUGUUUUUAAAUUAAGGGACAAAAAAAUACAGACAUGCAGAUCAUUUAGUUUUAUCAGCUCAGUAUUUAUGUACAUGUAAGGCACACCCAUUUGUAUUUCUUCCCAAUCCUGUUUCCACUUGUCUGCUGUUUGUCUGUCAGGCUGUCUGUAGAAACCGGUUUGGCUGUCCGAACUUUCUUUGUGAAAUAUCAUUAAUGCAACAAAUGGUUUCCUUGUGUGAAAACCCAGAGACCCCUGUGUAUAGUGCUAACUCCUUCCUGUGCGUGAGGGAGAAACGGGGGGUCAUGUUCUGAAUGUAGAUAUUAUGUAAUAAUAUACUGUCUGUUACAAAAUAUUUGUUAAUGAAAUUGCUAUAUUGUACACUGAGUAUGGUGAUGUCACUACCUGGUGACUUGUCAUUUUUUUAAAUAAACAAGCUGUGAUAAAUCA